AUGGCGUGUCUCGGCCAGAAAAACCCAAAUGCUUCUACCUUGGCUGACGAAAUCAAGGCCAUCGUCAAGGGAAUAUUCCCCUGGCUGAAGUCAAUUUGUGUCUUGACAGUUGACAACGCCCGCACUGGCGGACUCGGUCGGGACGAACCUCCUUGGUGGAAAUUGCAAGGGCCGGCGCCUGCAGGGCUUACCCCUAAAUUCAUGAGUAGCGACUUUCCAUAA